UUGAGUUCACUACCAACCACCAUGUCCUUUUAAUCACCAAAGACAAUACUCCUGCCACCUCUGCCCUCAAACACCAUCAUUUUGCUAUUCAGGAAGCAAUCAGAGCUACCAUACCUGCUGCUAUUGGCCUCAGAAAAGAUGAAAUCUGGCACAAGGUCAUACUAUACAGUAUCCCUACCACCAGCUCCUUCACUACCAUCCACGCAGAGAUUGAAGAAUUCAACCCUGGGAUCCACCUUCCCUCACAUGCUAGAUGGCUCACCAUAGAAGACCAACAUCAGAACAAAGCUACUUCAGCUAUGGUCCUCACAAUUGCCUGCAAAGACUCCACAGACAAGGCCCUUAGCAAAGGUCUCUCCCUCUUUGGCAGGAAAUUCAAGGUUCAACAUUACUUAACCUUUGGCCCUGACACCCAAUGCAAUAAAUGCCUAGCCUUUGGCCACUACACCAGCCAAUGCAACAGGCAAACACACUGUGCCAUCAGCUCCUGAGUGCACUCAACACACCUCCACACCUAUGGUAGAUCAGAUUGUCCUAUCAAGGGUAAAAUGUUCCUUUACACCACUAUCCAAUGCACUAAUUGCAAAGACUCCCAACAAGCGACAUCCCAGGAAUGUUUCACCUACAUC